AUGGCGGAACAAUCAACGGAUCCGGUUAUCGAACGUCAUGAAAGGAGUGAUGCGGCCUAUACCAGCGAACAAAACAAAGAUCUGCUAGAAAAGACCAAACUUCUCCGAGAUACUUUAGACUUACUUUUAGAUAAAUCUGAGGCUCAAAAGAAGGCUUGCGAUCAAUUGGCACACGAAAACAGAUAUUUGCAAGACUAUGUGGAAAACCUGAUGUUGCAAGGUGACGUGCUGGAAAAAUAG